GUGUAGUUUUUAUCCCUCCCAAGAGCUGAUUUUUAUCAAUUUACUGUAGUACUCCAGUCUUAGGGUGAUUGUGUGUGGAUGUGAGGCAAGAGUCCACAGAAGGACUAAGGAAAGUGCCCUGAAGCCGCUAGAGAAGGUUUUCUUGAGGAGGAAGAGACCCAGCACCCAAGAUCACCCUGAUAUUGACAACACUCUCACUGUGAUCGCGAGGGCCACCUAUCAAGAUUUGGCUGACUGUGUGUGGCCUAGCCGUCUAGGAUGAAGUGGAACCUGUUCAAGAAGAAGCCUGAAGCCAUGGUCGGACCGGAGCCCACUGGGGCCGCUGUCUUAACUGUUGCCCCUGGCCCCGUGGCCUCCACCGCAGCUGACAACUCCACAGAGGCCGUCAAAAACGGCGAUUUUGACGACAUCAAGAAUAAGUUCCUCAACGAGAUUGACAAGAUCCCAUUGCCAUCAUGGGCCAUCAUCGCCAUUGCAGUGGUAGCUGCUAUCCUGAUUCUCACCUGCUGCUUCUGCAUCGUUAAGAAGUGCUGUUGCAAGAAGAAGAAGAACAAGAAGGGCAAGAAAGGGAAGGGGGAAAUGGGCAUGACGAACAUGAAAGGAGGAGAGAAACAGGACGACGAUGAUUAUGAUGAAGAUGAUGCUGAGACUGGUAUGACUGGAGAUGAGAAAGAGGAAGAGGUGAAGGAGAAAGAAAAGCUUGGGAAGCUUCAGUAUUCCAUAGAUUACGACUUCCAGGACAACAAGCUCACAGUGGGCCUCCUCCAAGCAGCUGAUCUCCUCUCCAUGGACAGCGGUGGCACCUCUGACCCAUAUGUCAAGGUCUAUGUCCUCCCAGACAAGAAGAAGCAUUUUACCACCAAGGUGCACAAGAAGACGCUGAACCCUACCUUCAAUGAGACCUUUGUUUUCAAGAUUCCAUUCCAAGAGAUGGGUGGCAAGACUUUGGUCAUGCAGGUCUUUGACUUUGACCGCUUCUCUAAGCAUGACGUCAUUGGAGAGGUGAAACUACCCUUGCACAAACUGGACCUAGCCCAGCCACUGGAGGAGUGGAGGGACCUGGACAGUGCAGAGAAAGAAGAUGAGAAGCUGGGAGAUAUCUGCAUCUCUCUGCGCUACGUGCCCACUGCUGGGAAACUUACCAUCUGCAUCCUGGAGGCCAAGAACCUCAAGAAGAUGGACGUGGGAGGACUGUCAGAUCCCUAUGUGAAGAUCAACUUGAUGCAGAACGGCAAGCGUCUGAAGAAGAAGAAGACCACGGUGAAGAAGAACACUCUGAAUCCAUACUACAAUGAGUCCUUCAGCUUUGAGAUUCCUAUUGAGCAGAUGCAGAAAAUCCAAGCUGUGGUCACAGUGCUGGAUUAUGACAAGAUCGGUAAAAACGACGCCAUCGGGAAGAUCUGGGUGGGCAGCAAGGCGACUGGCACCCAGCUGAAGCACUGGUCCGACAUGCUGGCCAACCCUCGCCGCCCCAUCGCCCAGUGGCAUCCACUGCAGCCCGAGGAGGAGAUUGAUGCUUCGCUGGCAGCCCUGAACGCCAAGAAGUAAACCUUCUCUACCCACUAACACCCAUACCCAAACCUACCCAUCCUCCUCAGUACUGGUCCUACACAUCUCCCAAUACUACAUUCCAAACCAACACACCAACCAAUUCUACACCCUACACCACAGAUACCUACCUAUAUCCCAAUUGACAUGAUCAAAAAAUAAUAGAAAAGAAAAGCAUCAUUCCACAAGGAAACAGUCACAAGAUCACUCAAUUGAUGUUUAUAUUGGGGUUGCAGUUAGUUACAUUGUGUCAUGAGGAUAGGAGCCUAGAGUGUGAAAACAGUGGUCCAGUGUGAUGGAGGAUUAGGGAAGUAAAACCACACAUUCACUCAUUUUGUACCUUUUCAUCCCCUCCCCUUAGAGCCACCGUUGCUUCAAUACUGCUUAAUACUUAAAAUGCUUUAUACUGCCAUGUAAUAGAGGAAAAACACAAGCAGGUUCAUUCCUUGGGUGUAUUGUUGCACCAUGCUCCACACCUGCCAGUUACUUACUACAUACUAGAUACGAUUCCAUUAGUUUGAACUACAUUCCUAGAGUUGGGUAAAGAGUAGAGAUAGACAAUAUCCAGUUACCCCACACUGUUAACACACUGCCUUUUUGAUUAUUAGCUCAUCUGCUCACCCAUAUUCUCAGGUACACUGAGAGAAAACUGAAACUUCAUGCCUUUUUUUCUAAACGGGUUGUUAUUCAAAAUGCUCCGCAACAUGAUCAGAGAAUAAUGUUUUUGAUGAUUUUAAAAUCUCAGUCUGGUGCUGGAUUGGUUUAUUUUUCCAUAAUCUAAGACUAGUCUAAAUUUAUCACUGAAAUGGCAACAGGAGAGUCUCUCGAGUGUCUCUCAAUAACACCGUUUGUGGCUGUCAGUCAACAGAGUUGAGAUGUGAAAUAUGUUUAGGAUAAAGGGACUAUGAGCCACUGUAAGUGUCUAUCAUGGCCCAUGUUGGGAAAGCAUGCAAGAGAAAGAAUAUCUGUGUGGAAACUUCAAGGACUGAAUGGAAGGUUCCAUUCAGUCCUUGGAGUUUCCACACAGAUAUUUCUCUCUCUUGCAUGCUUUCCCAACAUGGGUCAUGAUAGACAUUUGCAUGCAUGCAAGAGAGAGCAUAUCUGUGAGAAUAUCUGUGUGGAAACUCCAAGGACUGAAUGGGACCCUGGUUGACACAAUGUUGUUUGUCAGGUGUCUAUUCUACUGCCUGCAAUCUACCACCUUCCCCUCCAAUGCCUCUACUAUUUAGGAUCUAUCUCCCUGUUCAGUGCUACUGCCAUUAGUCAUGGACUCACAACAAGGAUUUCACUUGUUCAAAGGAAUCUCUGUAUUCGUCUUACAGUCAUAAAGGAGACAAGCCUUCCAAGUAAUGAAAUAAGCAAUUCUCAACUACCAGGGACGCCUUCCAAUUAGCUGUGUUGUUUUUUACUCACCCUUUUCUUUUCAACGUCAAACACUUUUAUUCCUCAAGCACUUUAAAUCAAAAUGUUCUGUUCUAAUUAUACUCUCCGAAAACCAGAGAUUUAACAAUUUAUUUUAUGAGGAAUAAUUUCUGGUAAAAAAGCAAGAGCGUGAAUUUAUGAGUGAAUCAUUAUUUUUGUAGUUUUGUUUGAUCAUUUUAACCUUGUUUUUCUUGUGAAUGCACUUUGAUUACUCUGAGACAAUUGUUGUUGUUAAGUUUGAUUGAAAGGAUAAGAUCUGGAAGGUUCCCUUUAUGUGUAUGUUAUACACAGAUGACCAAACUGCUGAAUCUAAUUGCACUAUACUGGAUAUCUCUAUGUUACGUGGUUAUAGAUUGUUCUUUGAUCUAUGGUUUUUGUGAUGAGAUGUCGUGAGUUUGAGUCAGGUCACAUAUUCGAAAGUCUUCUGAUUGGGAAUAAGACACAUUUCAAUGAAAUGCUGUUCCGCAGAUCCUUCGCUGAAUAAGUGAUUUUACAUUUUGACUUUCUCUUGAGAUAUAUUUCAGUAUAAAACUGAUCAUAUGACUGAAUUAAAUUGACAAUUAAAAAAUGUAAAAGUCGUAGCAAAAUGCCAUUAGACUUUCGAGCCACAUUAGUAAUUUAAUGGGACAUGAACUGUCUCUGCACCAUCUUGUUCCAAACAACAAAAUAGUUCAAAGCAAAGCAAUGUAUUUCAAGGACGACAAAAAGUACUUGAUUGUGUUUAAGAACAAGCAAAGCAGUUUAAUGUUUUAACAGUUUGUCAACUUUUAUACUUUUGGGAAUUACAGUAGUGAAUGUUGGUUAAUGUAUUGAUUUUCUCUAUUGGACAACCAUAUCUUUAUUUAUAUGUCCAGUAGGGGUCAGAUUAGUUAUGUUUUAUAUUUAAUUUUAUUUAGUUUUUUCUAUAUGUUCAAAAAGCAACACUAAGAAAAGACAAAAUGCAAGCAAUCAAACAACCCAUCGGUGUGUAGUUUCGCCUAUAUACAUAGUUCAUACAGGUUGAUACUGCAUGUUUCUACAAGAUACUGUACGAAAGAGCAUGUUUUAGAGAUAAAGCAAAAAUAUCUUGUGUACGUAUGUGGGUGUCAAUUGUCAUUUUAAUACUGUAACACAAUGCAGGAAAAAAGAUACACUGUAUAUUUUCUAAAUUAAACAAAUAUGUAUUUAUUUUCCAUGAAUGGGUUAUUGAAAAGAAUGUCAUAAUAUAUUAGAAUAAUAUGAUUCUGUCCAUGCCUAAACUUUUAAGCAAGUUUGUCGUCAAGUACUGUGUGUGAGUUCAUGUAGGAUAAAAAUGUAGCCGCAUGCUU